AUGGCCCUUCGUCCUCAGCAAACGCCCGGCCCCCUCCCUUUUCCGCCCCCAUACAUGUCCAUAGCCGACGGCACCACCACACCACUGGACUUUGUCUACGGACUGGACGAAUAUGGCAUCCACCAAGCCAUCGAUAUAACCUCCAUGCCACGAGGACUGACUCUUCCAACCACGCCUCCGGAAUCCAAUCCUCAGCACGAAGGCCACGGUCUGGAUCCACACAUCAUCGACACCGUCCUGCAGCACGAUUGCAAGACCAAAAAUGUCCGACGGCGCAUGCAGAACCGAGAGGCCCAGCGCCGGUUCCGCGAGCGCAAGGAACAGCAGCAGAAAACCCUCCAGCAGAAAGCCGAGGAUCUCCAAAACAAGUGCCAGACCCUGUUGGAUCAGUACACCAAGCGGACGGACGAGGUCUGCCGCCUGCUCAAAGAGAAUGACGCUCUCCGGUCCGAGGUGAAGAACCUCCGCCAGCAAUGGGAGGUGAUCUCCACUAUUUUGCAGCGGCCGAAGGGUUCUACUUCUCGCUCCCCGUCUGUUCUGACGGAAGAGUCUUCGCCGUCGCCGUCGCUUUGUUCGUCGUCGGAAAGGUCACGAACAGUGGAUGACUUCUGGCGGCGGCUGGAUGAUUUCACCAAUAAUAGGGAAAAGUCCUACAGCCCUAGUUAG